GAAGUGAGACGACCAGGAUUUGUACCGCAAUUUGUUUCAUUGAAAGCCAAUAAAUUGCCUGAAAAUUGCCCUCAGUUAGUUCCUCUACAAGUUCAAGGUUGCUCCAUUUCAUACUUUUUCUCAGUGUUUCAGCAAUGUUAAGAGACAAUUUCAUUGGAUUCGGGGGAAUGAUUUUCUUCACGUGCCACACCAAUAAAUAAACAACGUGAUUUUCAGUCGGUCUGGUCAAUAUAGCCACUUUCCAGUGAUUUUUGCUGAUUGAUGUGCGAAAAAAGUGUCUGUAAUUUUUGUGGACAAAUGCUUGUGAGAAUUUAGUGAAAUUUAUGAAACGUUUCAGAAAUAGUUCAUUUCAGAAAUUAUUUAUAGGACUUUUAUAGCAUGAAGCACGUGUGAAUGGCAUGCAAAUUCACUUUUUGCCAUUAUCCAUCACAUUCCGAUGAAAUUAUCUCGUUAUGGGGAAUUCCCACAAAGAAAAGGCAUUUGCGGUAUCAAUUAAUAGAGAAUCCCAACCAGCAGAGACAAAAGCCAAUGGGACUUUUUAGUGUGUAAAUUAAUCAUAUUAAAUAGGAGGAGGAGACAAAUAUGGUCUUUCUCAUACCUCAGAGGGUCAUCUUGGCCGUGAUGGGGUUCCUGGCCAUUGCAAAUGCCUACACCAUGCGUAUAUGCCUCUCUGUGGCCAUCACGGAAAUGGUCAAGAAGAACUAUGAGAAUGCUACGGAGGAUGGUGAUGACUUCUGUCCAGUUAUAGGGGAUGGCGGUGGGGAGGAAGGAGGAGGGGAGUUUGAAUGGAGUGAAGAACUUCAAGGACUGAUCCUAUCUGCUUUCUACUGGGGUUAUGUGGUUACUCAUCUUCCUGGAGGACUUCUGGCUGAGAAGUUUGGCGGGAAGUAUACUUUGUCGCUGGGAAUCUUCUCCACAGCAGUCUUCACACUCAUCACCCCAGUUACUAUCGAAUGGGGAGGAUCAACUGCACUGAUUAUCCUGCGAUUCCUUGAGGGUUUGGGUGAAGGUACAACUUUCCCAGCCUUAUCAGCCCUUUUAGCCCAAUGGAUUCCGCUGAAAGAGCGUAGUAAAUUGGGAGCACUUGUCUUUGGCGGUGGAUUGGUUGGAACAAUUCUGGGCAACUCAAUUUCUGGUGUCCUGCUGCAUAACAUCGAUGGUUGGGCAUCGGUAUUCUAUUUCUUCGGAGGACUCGGUGUUCUUUGGUUUGUUCUCUUUGUGGUCUUAUGCUAUAGCAACCCAGAGAGCCAUCCUUUCAUUUCUGAUGAGGAGAAAGCAUUUUUGAAGGAAGAACUGGGCUCUCUUGAGAGGGAUAAGAGUCUACCCCCAACUCCAUGGCGAGCAAUAUUUACAAGCGGUCCCAUGUUGGCCCUGAUCUGUGCUCAAAUUGGCCACGACUGGGGCUUCUUCAUUAUGGUCACCGAUCUGCCAAAGUACAUGAGUGAUGUCCUGAGGUUCUCCAUCAAGGAGAACGGAAUCUAUUCUUCACUGCCUUACGCUCUGAUGUGGAUCGUAGCUAUUCUGACUGGCUUCCUUAGCGACUGGUGCAUCUCCAGGAAGUUCAUGUCGAUCACAGCGGCCAGGAAAUGGUUUACAGGAAUUGCAGCCGUUGGUCCAGCCAUCUUUAUUGUGGCAGCGUCCUACGCUGGAUGCGAACGAACUGUAGUAGUCAUACUGUUUACCAUUGCAAUGGGCAUCAUGGGUACUUUCUACCCAGGCAUGAAGGUCAAUCCGCUGGAUUUGAGUCCCAAUUACGCAGGAACCUUGAUGGCCAUAACAAAUGGAAUAGGAGCCAUUACUGGGAUCCUAGCACCUUACGUUGUUGGCGUUAUGACUCCCAACAGAAGUAUAAGCGAAUGGAGACUAGUCUUCUGGAUUGCUUUCAUCAUCUUCGUCGUCACUACAGUUGUCUACUCAAUCUGGGCCUCUGGUGAGGUCCAACCUUGGAAUACGCCACAUCUCAUGAACAAAUCCGUGGAACAGGGAGACACGGAAGACGAGAAAACCGACGGAGAGAAGAAGUCCAAGUUAGAACUGACCCUCAAGGAGGAGAAAAUAGACAAACAACUCUAGAACUUUUUCAUAUUCCAAGCCAUUCAAUGGGCAGACUGAAGGUUUAGGCUUAGGUACUCAUUAAUUAAGUUGACUAAAUUUUGUAAAUGAGGUUGCUAAAUCUGUAAGGCUUACGUAAAUUACAGGCUAUGAAUUUUUAUACCAGUUUUCUUACCAAGUGAAUGUGUCUCAUAGGAUUAAACCCAAAAUCGUAAGUUAUCGAUUAAGUAAAUUGGUUUUGAAUUAUGAUUAAAUUGGGACACAACUGUAAAUAAAGUAUUAUUUUUCUAUAAAAAUUUAGGGAUUAUACCGUGUAUAGAAGGGCUUGAAACCUUAAAAGAACGUAUGAUCUGGUUACUUCGGUAACUGGAGACUGGGCAACCUGGAGCGACUGGUUUAGUUAAAGCCACAAUUAGUUUUGACUACAUUAGUUUAAACUUGCUAUAGUCUUUCCUAACAUUCAAUAAAAAUUUGGAUGUUUAUGGUAAAAAUUGAGACCUCGAUCUUCUUUGUUUAGAAAGAUAUCGGCUUGCCACAUUUUACCCCAGGGUCCUCUAGUAUUUUAAAAUCGGCCUAAUAUUUAAAAACAAAAAAAUUAAGUUUUUGAAAUCGAAAUGUUUUUAAAACCAAUUUACAAUUUCUGUAAGCUCUAACCAUAAACCUGAAUCAUCAGUCUGCAAUUUUGAAUUGGCUCAUAAAUCGUCACUAAAAUUAGUGUUGAUAGACCUGAAAAGACUUUAUUUUGUUAGAAACAAAAGAGAAUGUACUGAGGGAGUAAAAGUGAAACGACAAGUAUCCGAGUGCCUUAACGAUGUUUAAUAAGUUUCAUUUAAUGUAUUUUUUUUUGUAAAAUAUUUAAUGCCUCAAACGUGUGCAUUUAUAUGAGACAAAUAGAUUAAAACGUGAGAUAUGUGUGCGAUUCUUUUUGAAUCUUAAUCCAAGAAGAACCUUGUAACAUUAGCAGUAUUAGAUAAUAUUUCUUCCAUUUGUCCCCAAGAUAUCAUUGUGUACACCUCUCUCUAUUUCGAGUUUCUCUCGAGAUUUUUAGAUGGAAAAUAUAGAAAUUUGCCUGAU